UGGGCUUGGGCUUUGGCUUUGGCCUGGAGUGGUACCCGCACCGCACCGCACCCGGCGGCGGCAGGCAGCUGGCCAAUCUCCCAAACAAGAAGCGCAGCGGGUGGGGAUAAUUUGCUUAGGGUUUAUUUAUAGAUAGACAUGGCCCUAAAGCUAAAGCUACUCCUAAAUCGGAGAGCAGGAGGAGGCUGCUGCUGCCUGCGCAACGGCAACGGCAACGGCAACGGCAACGGCAACGCUGCGCUUCCAUUCCCAUUCACCUUCCCUUUCCCUAAUGGGAAUCGGAGCACCGCGACUUCCUCCGCAUGCAGCAGCUCCAACUUGUUCAUCGGCGGUCUUUCUUACGACACUAACGAAACAGCUCUCAAGGAUGCUUUCUCUCAAUAUGGUGAUGUUAUUGCAGUGAGGGUUAUAUGCCAUCCCACAACCGGCAAGUCAAAAGGAUUUGGUUUUGUCAAGUUUUCUUCAGAAAACCAAGCUGCUGCAGCAUUGCAGAAGCUGAACGGUCAGGUGCUUGAUGGAAGGAACAUUCGGGUGCACUACGCAAACAGUACUUGGGGAUCUGCUGCCACUGAUGGCUGAUGCUCUAGAAUUUUAUUUUACAUACAUGUGUAAUGUGCUUAUCCAUUACGUACGUACUAUCAUAGUCUUAGGAUCCAGUGAGCACCAUUCCAUACAGCUUGUGCUGUGCUGUCCACUUCACGAAUAGGCAGUGUGCUGAUGGAAGUCUCAGUUUACCAUUCCCUGUGUUGUCCUUGACUUGUGCUUGAAAAUACUGUUCGCUGAUUUAUUGUGAGCAAAAAACACUGCUGGUUGGCAAC